AUGGUGAUUCCAAUUUUCAAGACGCGAUAUCGCACAGCUGCUGUAAACUACAUGCCAAUAUCACCUACCUCUGUCUGUUGCAAGACCAUAAAGCAUGCCAUCAACAGUCAGGUUAUAAAACACCUGGAGCGCCAUGGUAUCCUCACUGACAGUCAGCAUGGUUUCAGGAAAAGACGUUCCUGCGAAAGCCAGCUUGUACUCACAAUACAAGACAUUGCCUCGUGCUUAAAAAACGGUGACCAGAUUGAUGCUGUGCUACUUGAUUUUAGCAAAGCGUUCGACAAUUUACCCCACAAGCGACUCUCCAUUAAGCUGGACCACUAUAGGAUCCGCAAUUAA